AUGGCGGUUGAAUUGAACACGUGGCAAGGACCGCGAACGCACACGCUACGCGUCCCGCCCCUUGCCCCGCCUUUCUCGCCUUUCAAGUCGGGAAACAUUGACUAUAUCUCAACGUCGAAAAAAAGGCCGGAAGUUAUACAAAAAAAAAACUGUUUUUGAGCCUUCGUUAUUCAAACAAAUAUUUGGACAGCUUGCCUCACGUAAUUUGACAAGGCAUUCUUUUUCCAACCUAUUUGAUUCUUUUUUUCUUUUAUCUUUCUUCUCGGACAUUGGUAACGCGGAACGGACGUGCUUCGGACCAGACUUGUGCGUCAGGCCGGGCUUCGAAUAAAAUUUAAAGUUUCAUUAAAAAUAUUUUCACCGAAAAAUUCUUUUUACUUUUAAAAAUCAUAGUUUUUGUUGAACCCUAACUAGGGAACGUUUUUUACCCCCCGGUAGAACUUCUGCUGGGACUUCGCUGAAGUGUACUUUAGGACCUCCUGAUUCCAGAACAAGAAGGACAUUUCUCGUUUUCGAGUUAAGGCACUUAAAAGGCCCGAAAUAGCGCUUUUUUGGCCUAAUUUGCGUAUUUUUCACACUUUGAUGCUCUAUAACUCGGAAACAAGAUCUAUUGCGAGAAAUUUUUGUCUUGAUCUGCAAUCAGGGGGUCCUAAAGUACACUUCAGCAAAGUUUCAGCAAUAGUUCAACCAGGGGGUAAAAAACGUUCCCUGGUAAGUGGAAAAAAAAAGAAAAAAAGUGAAUGUUGUCGUAAAAAAAAAACUAUAAUAAGGAUUCAUAAAUAUGAAUGAGAUUGAUAGAUAGGAAGAAGAAAUUUUUAAAAAAAGCCUUGUAUGGCGGAUUUUUUAAUAAUUUUUUCAAACAAGUCGGGAUCGAAAUAAUGUUGCAACAAGAACAAAGUACAAAUAGAUAGAUAAUAUUUUUAAUAAGUCUCGAAAAAAAUCAUCAAAAAACUAGAAAAAAAUAAUGUUAUUCAGAUUAUUCAUAGUAUAAAAUUUUCGAACUGCAUCAGCAAAUCCAAUUUGGCUUUCAGUUAGGCUAAUUAUUUUUCUACAAAAAGACAAAAAUAUACAAAACCGUGGAAAAAAAAACUAAAGAGGCCAAAAAUUGAAAACUUUAGACUUAUCUGUACCUUUUGCGUGACCCAAAGUUUUAUUCAAAAUAAAAAUUCAUUCUCUGCAAAAAAACGUGAACUUCGUGGCAAGGUGUCAUUUUCCUGAUAUCGAAAAAAUUAACACGUACAAAAAACCACGUGGCAAGAUUUCAUUUCUUCUCAUUUGACCUGGGUUCAAUUAUCAUUCUUGCUUCGCUUAAGCCUUAAGGCUCCGUCUAGCUCCUGAAGUCAACGUCAAGAUGAGUUUUGAACCUCUAUAAAACUUUUUAAAUUCCAAAAAUAAUUUUUCUAUGUUGUAAGCGCUAGUAGAUUAGGCCCGUGAGACUCCCGGAGUGCCGAUCCUCUUUGCUUGCGAACUGGAUACGCAAAGUCACGCCGAAGCCCAUUCCUGUGGCCGAGGCACAAACUGUUGGCAGCGCGAGGCUGACAAAGCGAUGAUGGGACCCCCGCGGAAAAUGCCGUCACGGCUUUCGGCGUCUAGGAAUUCUAGUUAUGACAAGGCCGAGCGGAGCUCUAGCGCACCGCCUAGUUAG